CAGCCCACUCGGCCAGUCUGCGCAGUUUACACACAACUUCCAGGCGAUGUGCGGCUGUUACGGCUUCUGCACCGUCCAUCUCAGGAAAUCCCUCAUAUCCUGAAUGGACACCUCAAUCUCGAAGGACAGGCGUUGUUGGUUUCAAAAAGGGCAUGUUGACUGUAUGGUCAGAAGAGGGAAAGAUACUGCCUAUCACUAUUUUACAGCUGGAGGACAAUCAGGUCUGCCAGACCAAAACUAUAGAGAAAGAAGGGAACGCAGCGCUGCAAAUUGGAGCCAGGGAAGUGAAGAAAAUCCACAAAGUGUCCAUGCCACAGAUAGGCCAUUACAAGCACGCAGGUAAUGGGGUGACCCUGAAGAAGAAACUGCUGGACUUUCGCAUCACACCCGAUGCCACUCUCCCUGUGGGCACUCCCAUCACUGCCGCCCAUUUCGUACCAGGCCAGUUCGUAGACGUCUGCGCUACAUCGAAGGGCAAAGGCUUUCAGGGAGGUAUCAAACGGCAUGGAAUGAACCGUCAACCGGCAACGCACGGAAACUCCAAGUCCCACAGAAAGAUGGGUGGUACCGGAGGUUGCCAGGAUCCUGGACGAGUCUUCCCGGGGAAGCGCAUGCCUGGACAUAUGGGCAAUACCCGCGUGACUAAGCUUAAUCUCCGAGUGUAUCGCGUUGAGCCAAGACACAACGCUAUAUAUGUCAUCGGUGCCGUACCAGGGCAUAAGGAAACGUACGUGCGCAUCACGGACUCGCGUCGUAAAGAGUUUCUGCAGCCCCCGCCUUUCCCAACCCACAUUCCCAGUAUUCAUGGACAGGCUGCGCCCGAAACCACAGCUGAUCUGAACGUGCCGAUUAUGAAGCAGGCGUAGGCAUACACUGGCGCAUUGGGCGAGGACGUGUGUACACGCGACUGUGGGCGUGUAUAUGAAUAAGUGUAUGCGUCGGCGUAAGUAGGAGUGUGUAUGGUAAUAAAUGAUAAAGAGUAUGGUAAUAAAUAAUGAUAUAUGAAAACGCGUAUGUUAAUCGUUCAGGUCGUUUAGUUGCCAUUCACACACCUAUGCGCGUCUCAUUGUGGAGAAGGCCUUUCUGCGGUGCACAAUGAUAGGUCUCCGUUUGUAACGCGGCCAAGGUGGGAGCGAGAUGCCAAGUAGUAUCGGUCAAAGGAAACGAUACCAAUAGAUACUCUUUGAUACACUAGUGCAGGAUGUCUCCUAUAAGUACUACAAAUAUCGAUCACUGUUUGGACUCAAAUAUCAGUCACUGUUUGCAUUCAAAUAUCAGUCACUGUUUGGAUUGCCGCGAGAGCACGAUGCCAUGAGACAACUGCGAAAGAAACAGCCCUCGAUAGAACCUGAUUUGGCGUAAGAGGACUGCACGGGUGCGACAUUGAUUGGUCACCGUUUAUAGCGCGGCCCAUCUAGAAGCGCAAUACAUUGAAGGAAUGGGUAGGGGACGAAGUAUCGGUGGGCUUGCUUUGGCUUAGGAGGACUUCAUCAGUACUACAUUGAUCGGUUUCCGUUUGAAACGCGGUCAAUGCGGAAGCGCAACACUAGCAAUAAAUGUUUAAAG